GCAUUGUUAAAAUGUCAAGUGUCAUUAUGGGUUAAGGUGGUGGUGUUCAUGUGGAAAUAAAUAAAUUGUUGUUGUUUACAAAAAAGUAAAAUUCGUGUGGGAACUAUUUUUAUUAUAAUUCAUAUAAUUCGAAAAGCUGGCUUCUUUAAAUUUAACAAAAAAUCUUAUAAUGUCUGUCGGUCGUGUGUUGGUAUACGGUGGUAAAGGAGCUUUAGGAGCUGCUUGUGUUUCACAUUUUAAAAGCAAUAAUUAUUGGGUUGGCAGCAUAGAUUUAAGUGAAAAUGACCAGGCUGAUGCUAGUAUUGUAGUGCCCCGUGAUGCUACAUGGCCGGAACAAGAGCAAGAGGUUUUAAAUAAAGUUGCUGAAGCCUUGAAAGGUGAAAAAUUGGAUGCUGUUAUUUGUGUAGCUGGCGGAUGGGCCGGUGGUAAUGCCAAAAAAGACUUGGCUAAAAAUGCUGAUUUAAUGUGGCGUCAAAGUGUUUGGACUUCUGCUAUUUCGGCUACCGUAGCUGCUCACCAUUUAAAAGAGGGUGGUGUUUUGGCCCUUACUGGUGCUAAACCUGCCUUAGAUGGUACUCCUGGCAUGAUUGGUUAUGGUAUGGCUAAGGCUGCUGUUCAUCAACUUACACGCUCUUUGGCUGGCAAAGAUUCUGGUUUACCCCAGGAUGCUUUAGUCGUUGCUAUAUUACCUGUUACCUUGGAUACUGCCAUGAAUCGUAAAUGGAUGCCUAAGGCUGAUUUCACCACCUGGACUCCUUUAACUGAAGUUGCCAGUCUCUUCCACAAAUGGACAAAGGGAGAAGAACGUCCCAAAUCUGGUGCUCUUUUACAACUCAUUACCAAAGAUUCCGUCACACAACUAGUGGAAAGUGCUUAAAUGCCUCAUUGUAAUCAUUCGAGCUGACUUAUUAGGGACCAUGAAUCGAAUCGAAUUAUCGUUAUUAAUAAAUAUUCCAGUUGUUUGUUUGUUGUAUUAGUUUUUAAAGCAUAUUAUUUAAAAUAUGUACUUAUACUCAUUAUUGUAAACAUUUUUUUUCGUUCGCUUUUAAGAUAAA